UAGCAUAUUGUUGGUUUUGCAGGUAUUUCUUUUCUGAGUUUGUCCGUCGGAUUAAUUAAAAUUGUUACCCUUUCCAGGGUUUGAUAUAAAUGCAGGAUGUGGAAAUCUGGGUACUUGAAACUGAAAAUCAAUAUGAGAUGUAGUUCUUGAAGAUCGAAAUCAGUGCAUUACUGAUAAAAUGGGUUGAUUGGGAAUGAUAGCUACUAGGAAAGCAUGAUUUACUCUGUGGUAAGGCGAUGCCCAAAAUUGGAAGUAAUGUUGGCUAUUAUUAUCUGCGGCGUUAUUUAUCUUGCCAAUUGAACUUGCGGCUGUGGCCUCUGAUUUUGAUAGUAAGAUUCAACAACCUUCAGUCCUAACAAUUGCUUUGAUUGGUAACAAAAAAUGUUGGGAUCAUUGUUUAGCUCUCACAAGAUAAGGACGUCUGAAAGCUUGAAGGGGGUGAUUCUACAAAGUGUUUCAUCUCCCCUAUCAAAAGAUGUCAUUGGAUUUGGUCCUUUCAACUUGAAUACACAGAAGAGAUGGAAGAAACCAGUAGUUAACGCACGAACACGUUUAGAGGAUAGAACAAGGGAUCUUAGGCUUGACAAAUUGAUGAGCCAGCUCAAGAGAUUGAAGAUAGUACUGAAAUUGCAGGAAUUGAUGUUAAAUCGUAGGGGUCCUUAUGUAUCUCUUCAGCUGCUCUCAAUGUGGAAAAAUAUCGUUGGACUGAACAUUGGGCCUGGUGUUUUUAUUCAGAAAUACCCUCAUAUUUUUCAGAUAUUUACACACCCUUUGAAAAGAAAGCUUUGUUGCAAACCAACUCCAAGGAUGCUCAAUCUGAUCAAGGAGGAAGCUAAGGUGAUCAAGGAAUCAGAAUUGAUGGCGGUUCAGCGUUUAAAGAAGCUUCUUAUGAUGACUACAAAUGGAACAUUGCACAUCUAUGCUUUGAGGUUGAUAAGAAGAGAACUGGGGUUGCCUGAGGAUUUCAGAGAUUCUAUUCUCCUCAAGUAUCCAGUUGACUUCAGGCUAGUGGAUCUAGAGAUAGUAGCUUUGGCUUCUAGAAAUGAAAACUUGGCUGUAGCUGAGGUAGAAAAAUGGAGAGAGAAAGAGUACAAGGAAAAGUGGUUGAGUGAGUUUGAAACAAGGUAUGCUUUCCAAAUCAAUUUCCCGACUGGAUUUAAGAUUGAGAGAGGGUUUAGGGAGAAAUUGAAGAAUUGGCAAAGGCUUCCCUACUUGAAGCCUUAUGAGAAGAAGGAUGUUGUUCGAGUCCAGACCUGUGGCGGAAUUGAGCGCUUUGAGAAACGUGCUGUUGGUAUUCUUCAUGAGCUUUUGUGUUUGACAAUAGAAAAGAUGGUUGAGGUAGAACGCUUAUCUCACUUCCGUAGGGAUUUGGGCAUGGAAAUUAAUAUCCGAGAACUCCUUUUAAAACACCCUGGAAUUUUCUAUAUAUCUACCAAAGGGAGCACCCAAACUGUGUUUCUUAGGGAGGCAUAUUGCAAAGGUUGCUUGAUUGAUCCCAACCCUAUAUAUGCAGUUCGGAAAGAAAUGCUUGACCUCCUCUUGCUAGGGUGCCGAAACACCAGAGAGUUACAACCUUCGAAUGAGAUGAAGGAUGGGCAUAACAAUAUGGUCUGUAAUACAGUAGGGGAAGGUCCAAGAGAUGGAGAUUGGGUUAUUCCAAUCUUAGAGAGUUUUGAUGAUGAAAAACAUGGUGGGGAUUCCCAUGAUAUCAGCAAUACAUGUGUGGAGGAUCUCAAAGAGUUACAAUGAUGCUGCAUGCAUUGAGAGAUAAAUUAAAUUAUCUUCACAUUCACAUUGCCAUCUACAUGGAUAAUUGGAUAUUGAGAGGGUUUCCUUGUUGUAUGAUAAUCCAUCGUGGGUGCUGCUCAAAACAAUUUGUGUUCAUGAGGAACCAGUACCAAUUAUGGUAAGUAUGGUAUACUGUCCUCAUUAGUCAUUCUUAAUUCAUAUGGUCAAACCAUCAGUUGUGGCUUGUCCAACCCCGGUUGAUGCUUUCCAUUUAACUGUCUCUUUCUUCUAGAUAUUUUUCUUGAUAGUUUUUGGUAUUAAUUAAUUUGUUGUGUGUGGGACCUGGGAACUGUAUUUGUUGCGGUGC